UAGGGAGAGGAGCCCCGAGCCUAGGCUGUGGAAGGGACGCAGGAACCCAGCCUGCUAGGCUCUGCCCAAGGGGACCCGAUGCCACCGGGCCUCCUUGGCCAUAGCUUUAUUCAUUACUCAUGAGGAGGCGGGGCUGUUAAGCCCAUUUUUGCCUCUUUCCCACCUGGCCCGCUGGAAGUACCGGCUUGUGAAUUAUUCACGAGGGGGCGGAUCAACUUGCUGAAAGGGUGUGCUUGCUAAAGGGGCAUUCUGAGCUCUGCUGGGUAAAGUAGAUCUCGUUGAUUAAUGGUAAAGAUGUCCAGCUCGCCGCUGUCCAAGAAACGUCGCGUGUCCGGGCCUGAUCCAAAGCCGGGUUCUAACUGCUCCCCUGCCCACUCCGUGUUGUCCGAAGUGCCCUCGGUGCCAACCAACGGAAUGGCGAAGAACGGCAGCGAAGCAGACAUAGAUGAGGGCCUUUACUCCCGGCAGCUGUAUGUGUUGGGCCAUGAGGCAAUGAAGCGGCUCCAGACAUCCAGCGUACUGGUAUCAGGCCUGCGGGGCCUGGGUGUGGAGAUUGCAAAGAACAUCAUCCUUGGUGGGGUCAAAGCUGUCACCCUGCAUGACCAGGGCACUGCCCAGUGGGCUGACCUCUCCUCCCAGUUCUACCUGCGGGAGGAGGAUAUUGGUAAGAACCGAGCUGAGGUCUCACAGCCCCGCCUCGCUGAGCUCAACAGCUAUGUGCCUGUCAGUGCCUACACUGGACCCCUCAUUGAGGACUUUCUUAGUGGCUUCCAGGUGGUGGUCCUCACUAACACCCCCCUGGAGGACCAGCUGCGGGUGGGUGAGUUCUGUCAUAGCCGUGGCAUCAAGCUGGUGGUGGCAGAUACCCGAGGUCUGUUUGGGCAACUCUUCUGUGAUUUUGGAGAGGAAAUGGUCCUCACAGAUUCCAAUGGGGAGCAGCCGCUCAGCGCUAUGGUUUCUAUGGUCACCAAGGACAGUCCCGGUGUGGUUACCUGCCUGGAUGAGGCCCGACAUGGAUUUGAGAGCGGUGACUUUGUCUCCUUUUCAGAAGUACAGGGCAUGAUUGAACUCAAUGGAAGUCAGCCCAUGGAGAUCAAAGUCCUGGGUCCUUACACCUUUAGCAUCUGCGAUACCUCUAACUUCUCUGACUACAUCCGUGGAGGCAUUGUCAGUCAGGUCAAAGUACCUAAGAAGAUAAGCUUUAAAUCCUUGCUGGCCUCACUGGCAGAACCCGACUUUGUGAUGACAGACUUCGCUAAGUAUUCCCGCCCUGCCCAGCUACACAUUGGCUUCCAGGCCCUGCACCAGUUCUGUGCUCAGCAUGGCCGGCCUCCUCGGCCCCGCAAUGAGGAGGAUGCAACCGAGCUGGUAACCCUAGCACAGGCUGUGAAUGCUCAAGCUCUGCCAGCGGUGCAGCAGGAUAGCCUGGAUGAGGACCUCAUCCGGAAGCUGGCAUAUGUGGCUGCUGGGGAUCUGGCGCCCAUAAAUGCCUUCAUUGGGGGUUUGGCUGCCCAGGAAGUCAUGAAGGCCUGCUCAGGGAAGUUUAUGCCCAUCAUGCAGUGGCUGUACUUUGAUGCCCUGGAGUGUCUCCCUGAGGACAAAGAUGCCCUCACAGAGGACAAGUGCCUCCCGCGUCAGAACCGUUAUGAUGGGCAGGUGGCAGUCUUUGGCUCAGACCUGCAAGAAAAGCUGGGCAAGCAGAAGUAUUUCCUGGUGGGUGCAGGGGCCAUUGGCUGUGAGCUGCUCAAGAACUUCGCCAUGAUUGGGCUGGGCUGUGGGGAGGAUGGAGAAAUUGUCAUAACGGACAUGGAUACCAUUGAGAAGUCAAAUCUGAACCGACAGUUUCUGUUCAGGCCUUGGGAUGUCACGAAAUUAAAAUCUGACACAGCUGCUGCAGCUGUGCACCAGAUGAACCCACACAUCCGGGUGACAAGCCACCAGAACCGGGUGGGCCCUGACACGGAGCGUAUCUAUGAUGAUGAUUUCUUUCAAAACCUGGAUGGGGUGGCCAAUGCCCUGGACAAUGUGGAUGCUCGCAUGUACAUGGACCGCCGCUGUGUGUACUACCGUAAACCGCUGCUGGAGUCGGGCACACUGGGCACCAAGGGCAACGUGCAGGUGGUGAUUCCCUUCCUGACAGAAUCCUACAGCUCUAGCCAGGACCCACCUGAGAAGUCUAUCCCCAUCUGCACUCUGAAGAACUUCCCUAAUGCCAUCGAGCACACCCUGCAGUGGGCUCGGGAUGAAUUUGAAGGCCUCUUCAAGCAGCCUGCAGAAAAUGUCAACCAGUACCUCACAGACCCCAAGUUUGUGGAGCGGACACUGCGGCUGGCGGGCACGCAACCCCUGGAGGUGCUGGAGGCCUUGCAGCGCAGCCUGGUGCUGCAGCGGCCACAGACCUGGGCUGACUGUGUGACCUGGGCCUGCCACCACUGGCACACCCAGUACUCUAACAACAUCCGACAGCUGUUGCACAACUUCCCUCCCGAUCAGCUCACAAGCUCGGGAGCCCCAUUCUGGUCUGGACCCAAACGCUGUCCACACCCUCUCACCUUCGAUGUCAACAAUCCCCUGCAUCUGGACUACGUGAUGGCUGCUGCCAACCUGUUUGCCCAGACCUAUGGGCUGACAGGCUCUCAGGAUCGAGCUGCUGUGGCCACACUCCUCCAGUCUGUGCAAGUCCCUGAGUUCACCCCCAAGUCUGGUGUCAAGAUCCACGUCUCUGACCAGGAGCUGCAGAGCGCCAAUGCCUCUGUUGAUGACAGCCGUCUAGAGGAACUCAAGGCCACACUGCCCAGCCCAGAAAAGCUCCCUGGGUUCAAGAUGUACCCCAUCGACUUUGAGAAGGAUGAUGACAGCAAUUUCCAUAUGGAUUUCAUUGUGGCUGCAUCCAACCUCCGGGCAGAGAACUAUGACAUUCCUCCUGCAGACCGGCACAAGAGCAAGCUGAUUGCAGGGAAGAUCAUCCCAGCCAUUGCCACAACCACAGCAGCUGUGGUUGGCCUAGUAUGUCUGGAGCUGUACAAAGUGGUGCAGGGGCACCGACAGCUUGACUCCUACAAGAAUGGUUUCCUCAACUUGGCCCUGCCCUUCUUUGGCUUCUCUGAACCCCUUGCUGCACCCCGUCACCAGUACUAUAACCAGGACUGGACGUUGUGGGAUCGCUUUGAGGUACAGGGGCUGCAGCCUAAUGGUGAGGAGAUGACCCUCAAACAGUUCCUUGACUACUUUAAGACAGAACAUAAAUUGGAGAUCACCAUGCUGUCCCAAGGAGUGUCCAUGCUCUACUCCUUCUUCAUGCCACCUGCCAAGCUCAAGGAACGGUUGGAUCAGCCGAUGACAGAGAUAGUGAGCCGUGUGUCGAAGCGAAAGCUGGGCCGCCAUGUGCGGGCGCUGGUGCUUGAGCUGUGCUGCAACGACGAGAGCGGCGAGGACGUCGAGGUCCCCUAUGUACGAUACACCAUUCGUUGACCCCCAUCCACUCCUGUAGACUGGCCCAGCCCUAACCCGUCUAGACCCCUUCCCAGCCCAGAGUUGUCAUUUGGCCUCUGGCAGUGGCACAGCUUAGCCAAGUUGCAAGCCAAGCUAGCCAAGCCAAUUCUGUCCUCAUCCCUCUGCCUCAACCCCUCUUGCCACCGCUUUCUACCUUGUUUGGAACCUGAAUCCUAAUAAAGAGUUAUUAACCCAGACGUGACAUGCCCUCCUGGUUCCAGGGAAGGAA